ACUGUCUACUACCACAAUGGAUCUUUACUACUCGCCCUAUUCUGCAUCGACCGGUGCCAUCCUUGUAGUUGAGAAGGCUCUUGGUCUACAAUUCAAUAAGAUUAAGGUCAACCUAGGCGCAAAGGAGCAUCUAACACCAGAAUUCCUAAAGCUCAAUCCUCAACACACUAUUCCCACGCUCGUCGACAACGGAUUCUCUCUAUGGGAAUCUCGCGCCAUUCUCACCUAUCUGAUCGAGAAGUACGGAAAGGAUGAUUCUCUUUACCCCAAGGAUCCUCAGAAACGUGCCCUUGUGAAUCAACGUCUCUACUUCGAUUUGGGAACUCUCUUCAAGGCUCUUGCCGAUUAUUAUUAUCCACUGUUUACAAGAAGCCUCUUGAUCCAGAGUUAUUCAAGGAAGGUGGAAGAGGCCUUGGAUUUCCUUGACACUUUCUUGGAUGGCAAGCAGUAUGUGGCAGGAGACUCCCACACCGUCGCUGACAUUGUCAUCCUGUCAACGAUUUCUUCAUUCAAAGCAUUUGGGCUGGACAUUAGCAAAUACAACAAUAUUGUGAAGUGGUACGAGAGGGGUACUAAGCGUGCUCCCGGAUGGAAUGAGGUCGAAAAUAUUUUGGCAGAUUUGAAGACAUUGGUGGAAUCGUUGAAGCCUUAUCUGUGUAGCGACAAGUAUAAAAGUACACAUUUUUGCAGAACCAAAAUUAGAAAUCGUUCGGCUCGCAAACCAAUCACAACAAACAUGGAUUUUUAUUAUUCACCCUACUCCUCCUUGAGUACUGCCAUUCUUAUGACUGGGAAGGCUCUUGGGCUCGAAUUUAACAAAAUUGUGGUCAAUGUCCGCCAGCAGGAACAACUGAAGCCGGAAUUCGUGAAGCUCAAUCCUCAGCACACCAUUCCCACUCUCAACGACAACGGAUUCGUUGUUUGGGAAUCUCGAGCCAUUAUCACCUAUCUGGUUGAAAAGUACGCAAAGGAUGACUCUCUUUACCCGAAGGAACCUAAGAAACGUGCUCUUGUCAAUCAACGUCUCUACUUUGAUUUGGGAACCCUUUUCAAAACAUUCGCUGACUACUACUAUCCUCAGAUCCAACAGCAACCAGCUGAUCCUGAGCUACUCAAGAAAGUGGAAGAGGCCUUGAGUUUCCUCAACAUUUUCCUGGAGGGUCAAAAAUAUGUGGCAGGUGAUUCCCUCACUGUUGCCGAUAUUGUUUUGCUUGCAAACAUUGCCAAUUUCAGAGUCGUUAACAUUGACUUGAGCAAAUACAUAAAUGUUGAAAGAUGGUAUGUGAAUGGUAAAAGAGUAGCACCUGGAUGGGAUGAAGUGGAAAAGACUGUGGAUAAGCUGUCGGCAUUUCUGGAAACAUUGAAGUAAAAUUUGUCUCUCUUAAAAUUAUGCAACUCUUGACAUUAUGUAACCCUCGUAGAAAUUCAAAUAUUCAAUUAACAAUAUUCGAUAAUAUCUACAUAUCUGAACAAUGAAUAUUCGAAAUGUGUAUCCCAACUAGUGCUCUCUCCAAAUAAAGUAAUCAACUGCAAUUUAAAAAGUAAAUAAC